GAUAAUUAACAGACUUCAUGAUUUGGUCGACAAAAUUAUGUGAUGAUUAAUAUCACAUUUUUACCACAAUAUAACAUAGUUUAGGUGUGAUAGUUCUUUGAAAGAAUCUAAAUUUCAUGGUUGAUUAGGUUUAUAUUGAUUCUUGAUUGUUUCUGAUAAGAAAAGGUAUUACAUAAUUAUUGUACUUCUUUAUUCUUUGGACAUCAUUACUCUGUUCAUGACUUAUGGAAUGGGCUGCUUUUGUUGUGUAUUGUGUGUUGCAAACUUAAAUGCUUUUUGUUGUUGUGGUAGAUACACAAACUAAGCUUUGUGGCUAGAGAGAGUAGGAAUAAUUAUAUGAAAUUUGUUGUUAUUUUACAUGAGUAAUUUUAUAUCUCAUUGUUUUCUAGUACUAUACUAGAAUUGAAAUGUAUGGAUUUGUUAGACACUUGUAAAUGUGGUUGUUGCAUGUGUUUCCUGGUUGGUUGAUAUGGAUUCCACAGCACAGACAUACCAAUUACCAACAUCGCCCACUUUCAAUCAAGUUAUGGCCCCCUAGCCAGGGUACUAGGCUAAUGCUUGCUGAACGAAUGACCAAGAACCUUACAACUCCAUCCAUUUUCUCAAGAAAGUAUGGGCUGCUUAGCAAAGAAGAGGCUGAGGAGGAUGCUAAGCAAAUUGAAGAAAUUGCUUUUACAACUACAACCCAGCACUUUGAGAAGGAGCCUGAUGGUGAUGGGAGUUCUGCAGUGCAAAUUUAUGCCAAGGAAUCGAAGCCUUCGUUGACACAGGAAGCUGCAGAACUGUUGGAGCCAUUGAGGGCACCAAGCUCUUAUACUAAGAUAUGUUUCAGUAACAGAAGUUUUGGCUUGGAAGCUGCUCAAGUUGCUGAAUCCAUCCUACUGUCAAUUAAGGAUCAAUUGAAGGAAGUAGACUGGUCGGAUUUUGUUGGUGGCAGGCCGGAAGCAGAAGCUCUUGAAGUGAUGACUAUAUUCUCUUGUGCACUGGAAGGUUGUGUUUUAAGGUAUCUUAACCUGUCAAAUAAUGCCACAGGUGAAAAGGGAGUUAGAGCAUUUCAGUCCCUCCUAAAACCACAAAAUAACUUGGAGUAGCUUUAUUUAAUGAAUGAUGGUAUAUCAGAGGAAACUGCAAAACUAGUAUCUGAAUUGAUUCCUUCAACCGAGAAGCUCAGGGUUCUUCAUUUUCAUAAUAACAUGACUGGAGAUGAAGGGGCAAUUGCUAUUUCUGAAAUUGUGAAACAGUCUGCAGCUGUUCAUCUACCAGGGUAGGUUCUGAUGGUGGAGUUGUCCUGGCUGAAGCACUUGGAACUUGUAAACACUUGAAGAAGCUUGACUUGCAUGACAACAUGUUUGGUGUGGAUGAUGGUGCAGAAUCCCUGCAAAUGCUCUCAAGGAAUCUGCACCAUCACUGGAAGUUCUGGAUAUGGCUGGAAAUGACAUUACUGCAAAUGUUGCUUCAUCUUUAGUGGCAUGUAUAUCAUCAAAACAGUUCCUUGCCAAGUUGAAUAUGUCUGAGAAUGAACUGAAGGAUGAAGGUGCAAUUUUGUUGGUGGUUUUGUUGAAUAAUCUACUAGAAUCUGGAAUACCUAAUAUCUACUCUUUUAUUAUCUAUUUUUAUUUUAUCUUUGCCUUAGUUUUACAUAAUGAUGGAUUUAAACUUUUAUGGCCAUGUAGUAGAAUAGAAAUGAUUUCUCAAAGUAUGAUAGAUCUUUAUUGGUAACAAAUAUGUUUGAGAUUUGAGAUAUUUUUUGGUGUUAUCUAUUUUCAUAGUAAAGAACUUGAUCUCUGUUGGAGGUGUAGAUCAUAUUCAUAGAUUCUUUUUCUGAACAGGUAGAGAAGUAACUUUCUUCUGUAAUACACUUUGUCAAAUUAAUGUUUAUACAUAAUUUUUUUAAU